AUGGCUGAACUAGGAGAGUGGCGAAAGCUGUACAUCAACGCAUACAAGGACCACCACCACCCAGAGGACCUGGACUCACAAGAUACCGCGCUACGAGUGCUAUCAUCCCGUGCGAACUGGCUCAUAGAAGAGCUUCGCACUUGGACCGAGACAUCAACCUCGCACUCUACGGUUCACCUCCGCAACGAACUCAAUGAUGUGAUGGCAUGUAUGCAGCAAACACGAGAUUUUCAUUAUGAGAGAUCCAGCUCUCUGAACAAGGAGACUUCGUGGCUAGCGUACCACGCACGUAUGCGCUGUCCAUUGCCGGAGGUGGCACGGUAUGAGCUGGAGCUGCAUCGCCAGACACUGGCACUGGCGGGUCAUCUGAAAUUAUUGGCACCAAAGGAUGAAAUAGCAGUAACGAGAGGAGCGGACUGA